GGUUCUCCAGAGAGGACAAUCAAGAGAUUUGAAGCGGAAGGGGUCAGCCAUUACACCACACUCCUGCUGAGUGAAGAUGGGAACACUUUGUAUGUGGGAGCACGGGAGGCUCUGUUCUCACUGAACAGCACAAACUUCAUGUCUCACUCCAUGCUGACGUGGGAAGCAGAAGAGCUUAAAAAGAAGGAGUGCACUUUUAAGGGAAAAGAUGCUCAGAAUGAUUGUCAGAACUACAUCAAGAUCCUCCUGCAGCUGAACGGCACACAUCUGUACACCUGUGGGACGUACGCCUUCAGCCCCAACUGCACCUACAUUAGAAUCAGUGAUUUCACCUUGGAAAGGGACUCCAGUGGGAAGACAAUCACAGAAGAUGGAAAGGGACGAUGUCCUUUCGAUCCCGAAUACAAGUCAUCAGCCAUCAUGGUCGAUGGGGACAUGUAUGGUGGCACCGUCAAUAACUUCCAAGGGAACGAGCCCAGCAUAUACAAGAGCCAAGACAGCAAGAUUAUUCUGAAG